AUGUCAAAUUUCUCAGCCUCGCGGAUCAGGCUCUCGCUGACCUCGUAUCUCAAUGUUGCAGCCCACCAAACACAACAACAUCAACAACCUCAAUGCGCCCAACGUGAUCGAGAUAUCAAUUUGGCGCUGGCUGCCAUGCGUCUCUUUCUGUCUCUACUGUCACUUGCGGGCGUGUUAUUUACACCCACUUCAGCCUCAUCAGACUACCAUGAACAGCUCAAUCUUCGCCCUCUCCAUCCGUCCCUGUUAUUAGCCUCCUUUAAUUUCCAGAGCAAUACGAGUCUGGCCUCGUUUGAACAACAAAACUUUCGAUACUUUCCUCGGUCGCUGGGACAGAUAUUACAACAUGCGAAUACACGGGAAUUACACUUGAGAUUCAGUCUGGGAAGAUGGGACGCAGAAAGCUGGGGAGCAAGGCCAUGGGGAGGUGCACGAGAAGGAGGAACUGGUGUAGAGUUGUGGGCAUGGGUCGAGGCUGAAAGCGAUGAAGAAGCGGAUGGAAGGUGGUUGACCUUAACCAAUGCCCUUUCUGGCCUCUUUUGUGCCUCGCUGAACUUUAUCGAUUCCACAAGAACAAUCCGACCGGUCAUGUCUUUUGAGCCUGUUGGAGACCACUCGAAUACAACAAUUUCAGAUCUACAUUUGCUCCACGGAACAUUACCGAGAGAGGUUGUUUGCACAGAGAAUCUGACUCCUUUUCUGAAGCUACUUCCAUGUAAAGGGAAGGCAGGAAUAUCGAGUCUUCUGGACGGCCAUAAGCUCUUCGAUGCUUCGUGGCAAAGUAUGUCAAUUGAUGUACAGCCAAUCUGUGAAGCAGGCUCCAACAAUUGCCAGCUGCAAAUCACCCAAACCAUUGAUAUGGUCCUCGACAUCCAAAGAUCGAAGCGUCCGCGAGAUAAUCCUAUCCCACGACCUGUUGCUGAGAGCGAGUUGAAAUGUGACACCUCGAAAGAGUACCACUCUCACGAUACGUGCUUUCCACUUGAUGCGGCUGCCCAAGAAGAGGAAUGGAGCCUUGCACAUAUUUUCGGGCACUCUUUGAAAGGCACAUGUCCUUUAGCGGAUGAGAGCACCGACCCCGUAUGUAUCGAUGUUCCUCAUGCUCGCCAUGUGUAUGCUUCGGAAGGUGCUCAUGAACAUAAAGACGAAAGUGGGUACAAACGUUGCUUCUCGCUCGCGCCAGACAAGGAGUUUGAAAUGAUUCUUCCCGAACAGGAAAUUUCAGAGAAAGCACCACUUGAGCAGCCGCUCCUUUACGCUGAAAGAUCCUUCAUCGGGUAUGGUCAGGAGAGUGGGGGCGUUCAAGCUAUUCUGACCAACCCAUCACUGACGGACUCAGUGGACUUUGUAUACAUGGAAACGUUACCAUGGUUUAUGAAGCUCUACUUACAUACGCUGAAAGCAAAAAUCAAUGGUCUAGAUGAAGAUAUCAUCAAAGAGAUGUACUAUCGGCCAGCUCUAGACAGAAAACGUGGAACACAACUAGAAGUCCGAGCCAUCAUCCCGGCCAAUUCAACCGUAGUCCUCACUUACGACUUUGAAAAGGCUAUCCUGAGAUAUACCGAGUACCCACCAGACGCCAACAGAGGCUUUGACGUUGCGCCAGCUGUCAUCACUAUUGGCAACAUAGCAAUCCGCACCACCUCACUUUUACUCCCCCUCCCUACUCCCGAUUUCAGCAUGCCAUACAACGUUAUUAUUCUUACUAGUACUGUCAUGGCACUGUCAUUCGGAUUCAUCUUCAACCUCUUGGUCAGACGAUUUGUGGCUUUGGAUGAAGCAGAUCAGUGGGAUGUCAGGGCCGUGCGACUUAAGGCUCUUGCAGCUCUCAAGCGACUUGCGAGUAGAUUUGGUAAAGGCGUCAAAGUCGAAAAGAAGGAAUGA